AUGUUGCAGCAGCUAACACUUGUAGCCCUUUUACUGGGUAUAUACGGGGUGUUAGCGCAUGCCGUUGACGGUAAAGAAUCAACCAAAGUAGACGACGAGGCAUAUGGAUAUUGUCCUCCAGGAUACUGGUGCAAGAAAAAGCGGGAGUUUGACAGUGCUGAAUGCCCACGGGGAUUUUUGUGCCGGUCAAAAAGAAGCUACGGGGGAUACGCAUGCCCCCCAGGUAUUUGGUGCCGGAGACUUGAACUAGUAGUAGAUCGCGACACCAAUCCAAAAGACUGCGGAGAGGGGUUAGUAGCAGUUAUCCAGUAAAUAGUGUAACAUGGGAAGAGUAAAUCGCGCGUUCUAAUUGGUCAAUUACGUAUUUACUAUUUACCCUUGGGUGAAUACUGACGAAAGCUGGCGCACGCUUAAGGCCGUGCGCGUGACCUAUUGGGCGAUCAUAUUUUGCUUUUUCCUCAACGUUUUUGCGUGACAUCCAAAAAACGGCUGCGAGGGAGACUACUAAGUUUUAAGAAAUAAGAAAAAUAGGACGGAAAUUUCAAAAUCUGCGUUGUUUUUGUUUCGUAGUCAAUGGUGCAGGAUAAGAAAAACGAUGAUAAGUGAACCUCGUUCUAUGGGUUGUCCCCCUGGUUACUGGUGCAGGAAGAAGAGAUUAACCGAUAUCCUGUCGGAAAGAAAUUGCCCUAGUGAUUUCCACUGCGAUGGCAAGAAAGAAGCUGAUGCGGGCUGCCCCCCAGGGUACUGGUGUAAAAAGAAGAGGGAUAUGAUAGAAACACCGACAAAGAAAAGUGAAUGCCGCAGGGGGAUGUGGUGCAAGAAACAACUCCCAUCUUAA